CGUCAAUAUAUAUUUUAAAAAAUGCACGCACGGUGCUUCUGCAUCUCGGUAACUUUGCGAAGUUUCACAAGAACAUUUUCUGGUAGAAAUUUAUCCACGGCUCCAGAAAUAAACAAGUCACAUGGAAAAAUCGAACUUCUUGGACGAAAGUUCACCACGGACGAUUGGACCAAUGUUACUCCGAAAAUUAUCUCCAAGCUCGGCUGCAAUCUGCAUGUUACCAAAAAUCACCCGUUAUCCCACGUGAGACAGCAAAUUGUAAAUUAUUUUUAUAAAGCCUACCGGGGCCGUACUGGAAAUCCACUAUUUAGCGUUUACGACAACUUGCAUCCGGUUGUAACUGUUGAGCAAAAUUUUGACUCGUUACUCGUUCCUCCAGAUCACCCCAGUAGAAACAAGAGUGACUGCUACUAUGUCAACCAGGAAACACUACUUAGGGCUCACACUACAGCCCAUCAGGCGGAAUUAAUAUCCUCUGGCUUGAAUAAUUUUUUAAUCGUCGGCGAUGUAUAUCGCAGAGAUGAAAUCGACUCUACACAUUAUCCAGUGUUUCAUCAAGUGGAUGCAGUAAGACUAUGUACUAGGGACGAAAUUUUUGAAAAUGUCAAGGAUUCCCACAGACUUCAUGUUUUUGAACAAAAGGGUAUUGAAAGCCCCGAGAAUCAAGCAUGUCACACGUUGGAAUCUGUGAAAUUAAUGGAGCACGAUUUGAAAACAGCACUUGUUGGCCUAGCUCAAGAACUUUUUGGCAAAAAAGUAAAGUAUCGCUGGGUUAAUCAAUAUUUCCCUUUUACUCAUCCGUCCUGGGAAUUGGAGGUUUUUUACAAUGACAAAUGGUUGGAGGUACUGGGCUGUGGAAUAAUUAGACAAGAAAUCUUGCAUAAAGCUGGUGUUUUAGACAGGAUUGGGUGGGCCUUUGGUCUUGGCCUUGAAAGACUAGCUAUGUGUCUGUAUUCUAUUCCAGACAUUAGAUUAUUUUGGAGCAAGGAUAGUGGAUUUUUACACCAAUUUAUAACUGAAGAUGUUUAUAAACACAUCACGUACAAGCCUGUUAGCGUUUAUCCUCCAUGUAGUAAUGACAUCAGUUUUUGGCUGCCACAAGAGAAAACAUAUUGUUCAAACGAUUUUUAUGAUAUUGUUAGAGAUAUCGGAGGAGACACUGUUGAGCAAAUAUUGCUUAUAGACGAGUUUGUCCAUCCAAAAACAAAGAAAACUUCCCACUGUUAUAGGAUUGUAUAUAGGCAUAUGGAAAGGGUGUUGACUCAAGAGGAAGUAAGUGAAAUUCAUAAGAAUAUACAAAAAGCAGUCGAAAAACAUCUGGAUGUUAUGAUUAGAAUGUAAAUAUUGACAUGAUAAAGAGUAAAACAAAAUGUUAACGA